AAUUAAUUAUUUCAAAAGUCUUAUAGUUGAUUUAAGUUUUACACAUACACAUAUAUACAUAUAAACAUUCGCAAAAGUGCAUUUGUGUACGCAAAUACAUAGUUUUGAGAAUUUUUUUUUUCUAAUAUUAAUUAUGCAAAUUUACGAGACAACAACGAGAUAGAUUUUCCGGCGAAAACAUGUUCAUAAAUCGUUGUUACUGCCCCUGUGUGCUAGUGUUAAUGUGUGUCUACAUACUUACAUAUGUAUGUGUUAGUGAAUAGUGUGUCUGUGUGUGUUUGUGAAGCGGCGCGAAGAAGCAGUGCUUAAAGUGAAUACUUUAAGUAUAUACAACAAUAUAAAAAAGAUAAUCUGCGAGCGGCAUGACGUUUUCAAUAUAUUAACCAAAACAACAACAACAGCAUUACAAUUAUAAUAAAUUAAAAAAAAAAAAGAAAGAGAAAAGUGGUGGAAUUGAAUCACCGUCACAUGAAAGUAUAAAAAUAUACAACUUCAGUGUAUCAAAGCAUAACAAUAACAACAAGAGUAACAACAACAACAACAACAACAACAACAACUGGUGAUUGUUAAAGUUUUGACGUCGCUGUAUCCGCGUGUAUGAAUUUGUGCUGCAUUGGUGUUUGUGUUAAAUUUCAAUUAUGUAUAUGUAUUUAUGUACAUAUCUAUAUACACGUAUGUUUGUAUCAGCAUAUUGGUGAAUCACCACCGCAUCGCAAUUAACAGCCAACAAUCAAGCAAGCAAUCGCUAUUAAACAGCUUAAGCGACGACCAAAAACAACAAAUAUCAGCCGUAGCCGUUUAAAGAAAAAAAAAAAAUCCAGCUAUAACGCUUCAAUUCUCAAACUCAACUCAAGUCAACUUGGAAAAAGAAGAAAGAAAUUUUGUGUAUUUUUCAACCAUCUGACACACCUUUAAAUCAACUUAAGUCACGCAAUUCUUCAGCUACAUAGAUAUCUGCAUACAUACACACUGAUUUAGAUAUGUACAUACACGUAUGUAUGUAUGUAUGCAUGUACGUACAGCAAGCAUACAUUUUCUAGCUGGCUUAAAUAUGGAUAUUUCAAUUAUCACCUCCUCCGUUGCGGCUAAGUUGAAAGGUGAUGGUGUUGGUGUUGUUGCUGCUGCCGUAGCCUGCCAGCCACUUGCUUUGCCGUCGCUAAAAUGAAUUUCUUCGCAACGAAUGUUCGUUUAUUGUUGGCAGAUAUGCACCAGCAAAACUCACGAAUAUGCAAAUAAACAAAAUAAACAAAUAUUUAUAAACAAAAAGGGGAAAGAGAAUUUAAUAGCAGAUAGCGCACAAAUAACUGCUGAAGAAAGUGGGCAUAAAACAAAUAUUACGCACAUUUGGCUAGAAAAUGGUGUGAAAAAGUAGAAUUACAACAAAAUAAUAGCAGCUGAAAGACAAAGAUUGUUUGAUAUCAGCAUCUGAAUAAUUUUUAUGUAUUUGAAAUCCUUAAUUUAAAAGUGGAGUUGAACGUGAAAGCAGAAAUAAUUCCUUCUAAACAACCGACUAGAGAAAAGCCUUCAAAAUUAAACGCAACAAUAAGAAGAAACCCCACAGCAAUCAUCCAUCCAGUUUGAUGAAAAACAUGGACAAAAAUUCCGGCGGCGACGGUAGCGAUGGUAAAUCGGGCGUCGGCGUCGGUUUAGGUGGUGGCGGCAGUGGCAAGGCCGGCUCUAGCGCCAGUGGGGGCGGUGGAGCCGGUGUGCACGAUCCCUCUGCAUUGUUGGAUGCCGCAUCGCUAUUUGCUUAUUGGGGACGCGAUCCAACAAGUGCUGCCGCAGCCGCUUCCAAUCCGCUAUUUAACUCACAAUUCAACGCGGCCGCAGCAGCCGGCCUCGGCUUGUUACAGAAUCCUGCGAAUGCAGCAAAUGAUCGCUAUUCUAUAGCAGCUGCUGCAGCAGCCGCCGCCUCACAUCAUCAUCAGAACACCAUGGCGGUGGCGGCGUCGCAAGCGGCUAGUCUGGCUAGCCUACAUCCAGCAAGUUGGUGGUCUAUGGCUCAAUUGGCAGCUCAAGACUAUUUCACCCGCCUACAAGCUUCCGGCCUAUCGCCCUUUGCUCAUCCCGAUGUGAUGGCUGCCUUUGGUCCAGCAGCACUGGGUCUUGGUGGUGCGUCAGGUGCCGGUGGUACAGGCGUCAGUAAUCCUGGUGGGAGUGUCGGUGCUUUGAGUGCCGGCACAAGUGGUGGAAAUGUCGGUAGUGGCAGCAGUUCUUCGUCAAGCAGCAAAUCGAGUAAAUCCCGCAAAGAGAAGCGUCAACAGCAGCAGCAGCAACAACAACAGCAACAACAGAAUUUAGCUGCAGCUGCAGCGGCAGCAGCAGCGGCGGCUGUUAGUGCUAAUCCUGCGGCUGCUUUGGCUGGUAUGCAUAGUUUGGUGGGUGCUGGCGGAUCGCUAAAUCCUUCCUCGAUGGGCAUGGGUAAUAGUGGAAGUACAGGCAAUACCACUGGUGUUGGUGGCAGUAGCGGCGGUAGUAGUUCGUCGUACAAAUCGAGUUCAACCAGCUAUAGUAAACCAUCCGUGAGUCCGGUUCUACCACCGCCGCCCGGUUCGGCAUACGAUCCGGUGCAAUUGCAUAAAGAAUUGAUGGCGAUGCAAGUCGCAGCAGCGUCUGGUAGCUCUUCCAGUUCCUCAUCGUCAAAGAAAUCCUCAUCCCAUCAUCAUACGCAAUCACACCAGAGCAGCAGCAAUAGCGGUGGCGGUGGUAGUGGUAGUGUUGGCAGUAGUAGUGGUUUAGGAAUGUCCAGUGGUGCUUCCUCAUCACUCGGUGGCAGUGGUAACAAUACAAAUAAGAACUCUUCAAUGAGUACCAAUGCCGCAAUGCAUCAUUUAAGUGCAUUGGGUGGUAAUAUGUGCGGCAACAAUUCAACAGCGCAUCACAUUAAUGCGUUAAUGUCGCCGCAUGGUUCUUUGGGUGGCAGCAGUGGUAUGGGUAGUGGCGGCAGUAAUAUGGGUGUUAGUAGUAGUGGAAGCAGUGGUUCGACAUCCGGCAGUAAAGCGGAACGUGACAAGAAUAACGCUUCAUUGAAUGCGCUUAGUUCGUUAUCACAAUUUGGCGCACUGGGCAUGAGUCCACAGCAAAGUAUGCAGGCGGCAAUGAAUGCCUUUGCUGCCUCUAAUCCAGCGGCAGCGGCAGCAGCUGCUGCUGCAGCUUCAGCGGCGGUUGGUGGUGGCAAGAGUGGCAAAGAUUACAUGCCAAGUGGUAUACUUAGUGCUGCACUGGAAGGAAAUGACCAUCAAUCCUUAUUAGGUGUACGUCUGCCGCCGGAUACGGAGAUUAUCAAAUACACAUCGUCCAUUGUGGGCCCUAAAAUACCCGGUACGACAUCGCGUGGUCGCAAGAAAACUAUUUCUGAAGAGCAGCAACAACAGCAGUUACUCGCACAGCAACAACUGCAGCAACAGCAGCAACAAUUGCAAAAACAAGAGUUAGACGCAACAAAUGCGCUUUCCUCACUGCUUUCAAUACCCGGACUGAGCCCGGCAAAACGGGCUCGCCUUGAAAUGGAGUAUGCAGCGAUGGCGGCGGCUGUGAACGUUGCCCAACAGCAACAGCAUCAGCAGCAGCAACAGCAGGCACAACAACAACUACAGCAACAGCAGCAACAAGCGCAACAACAACAACAGCAGCAACAGGCGCAACAGCAGCAGCAACAACAGCAACAGCAGGCACAACAACAAUUGCAACAACAGCAUCAGCAUGCUUUGAAUGUUGCUGCCGCGAGUGGUUUUGGUGGUAUCGGUGUCGGUGGCACUAAUGCACAAGCAGCCGCUGCUGCAGCUGCCGCGGCAGCAGCACUUGGACAAUUAAGUGGACCGGCCGCUGCAGCUGCUUUAAGUGCUAGCGGUCUUGCGAUGGGGGCACCUAUGAGUCUACCAGGUCUUAGUGGUUUGGCUGGUCUCGGCGGAGUGGGUGCCUUAGGCACUACACCCGGUCGCUUAGAUGCACACUUAAUGAGCACAGCUUCCCUGAGUGCUACACCUAGUAAUAGUCGUGACUCAUCAACAGAUCGCGUGGAAGUGAUAAAAUUACCACCCACAAUCACCUCGAAUGGCGCUUAUAAUCUAUCGAAUAAAAAUAAAGACUUGCUCGAUUUGACGGGUGAUAACAGUAGCGGCGCUGGUGUGAAUCUCAGUAUGAAAUCCUCCUCGUCCGCCACUGCAACGGCGUCCAAUCCCGCAACAGCAGCAACAGCGCUAAUCGGCACAGCUGCAAAUCCCAUUAUGAUCGAGGACUAUGAUGCGCCAUUGAAUUUGUCAAUGAAACCGGCUGAUAAACAGAGUUCCUCCAGCAGCGUUAUGUCGUCAUCAAUGCUGGGCGGAAGCAGCGACUAUAGCAGCCCGGUAAAUAUGGGUGGCACUGUGUCCGUGCCCGCCGGCAGUGGUGGUUCGAAUAGCUUACAAAGUUUGACUUCGAUAACAGCUGCAUUGGGAGGUGGCAGUAGUACGCCUCUGUCUGGUAGUGGCCCAAACAGCAGUGGCGGCAAUGCAGGUAGUAGUGGUUCCGCUGGUUCCAGUGGUGGUGGUGGCAGUAGUGGUGAGCGGUCAGGACAAACGCCGUUUAAGGAGGGGAGACCGCGUAAUCUCGGACGUGGUGUUUCAAAACCGAAAAAGAAUACAGUCGCUUCAUUGCUGGCGCAGUCUCGAGCUGUGGGAUUAAAACCAAUGCUAGCCACACAACAGUUGUUACAGCAGGGCGCUGAUUUGGAAAAAAUUCGCCAAGCACUGAAUGAAGCAAACGCGCAACUUGACCUCUCAACAGACUCCGAAAGUGUUGCAGCCGAAAGCGGACUCUCCGAAUCAGAAAGCGAAGAUGCUAACAUUUUAAAUGUGACCGAAUUGCGUGUACCACUCGAUUUGGGUUGGAAGCGUGAAACGGUCAUACGUGGUCUAACCAAGGCAGGCCAAAUACGCGGUGAAGUGGUGUAUUAUGCACCCGGUAAUACAGUGCCACUUAAGAAUAUUGGUCAAGUGAUCUCUUAUUUGGAGCAGAAUCCAUCGAAAUUGACGCGUGACAACUUCAGCUAUUCAUCGCGUGCAAUAGUCGGUUCAUUUUUACAACCUGCACCGCCGCCUUAUGCCAACGAUGGUGAAUACAUACGCAUGACAGAUGAGGAUGUGGCUAAACGUCUGGAGGAUUUAAAAAUGUUUACGCGGCAAACGCUGAAUGUGGAACAGCGUAUUGAGAUAGCGAAGCAACAACAGGCCAUACGCGAUGCAAAAAAGCAACAAAAGGAAGAGAUGGCGCGAAACAAGGAAAAAGCACGGCAGGAAAAAAACGAGAAGCUUGAGCAGCAACGAAAAGAAAAGGAGUUAAAAAACCAGCAAAUGAUUGAGGCACGCAAGAAGCGUCAAGAAGAACUAGAACGCAUCAAGCAAGAGGAGCUGCUCAAGAAACAACAGGAAAAAGAAAAGAAACGACAAGAAGCUAUUUUAGCUAAAGAACAGGAACUCCAAAAACAGAAAGAAGCAUUACUUGCCGCCGAAAUGGAACGUGAACGCCGUCGUCAACAUAUGGCAUAUGUGCGCCAGCUGGAGGCGCGUCGUAAAUUUGUCGAGCGUGAAAAAAAGAAGCAUCAAAUGAUCUUAGAUCGUUUGAUAUUACGUGAAAAACGUUUGGCUAUUAGAAAGCGUGAUUCAGAGAUUUUAGCACAAAUAAGGAAACCACAAGAAGACUCCGAAGUCGCACAUCCUCAUGAGCUACCCGAAUUGGAACGCAUCGGUGGAAAUCGUUUACCUGGUCAAGCUAUGGCGGACUUGCUGAUGGUAUUCGAGUUCUUGCAUAAUUUUGGUGAAACAUUAGGAUUCGACAUGGAGUCACUUCCCACUUUGCAGAACCUGCAUGAUGCUCUAAUCAGUGACAGCAAUCCCGACGCUGAGGAAGAGCUGCUAUCUGUGAUGACUCAUCUGCUGGUGUGCGCCAUUGAAGAUCCGGGCAUACCCAAUCCUGGACGUCACACCACACUACUCGGACAAUCGUUGCGAAACGCUGAUAUUACCAAUUCAAACGUUUCGGAAAUUCUACGCAUUUAUCUAUAUGCAACCGCUACCGGUGAGAUACGCCAAUUGCACGGCAUUACAAUGGAUCGUGAACGUGAGCGUCGCAUACCUGAUCAUCAUCAAGUUGACGCUGAAACUGUCUCACACUCGGGCAAAAAUGCAGAAUAUUAUAAACUGUUACACGAAAAUGAGACGUGGAAAUUAUCGCAUUCACUUAAAAAUCGUCCAUUUGUUGCAUUGAAUCCCACAAGAAAGGCACAAAUACUUGCACAUCUCUGUAAUGAUCUGUUGAUGAAUAAGGCAGUUUUAAAACAGAUCGAUGGCAGCUUGGAGACAUGCGCACAAAUGCGUAAGGAAAAGUAUAUGACCGAUAUGAAGGUGCGAAAAUAUAAAGCUUUACAUCAGCGUAAGGCGCGAAUAGAGGCAUACGAGAAGGCGCAGGCUGAGCGUGAGGCGGCAAUGCAAGCAGCUAUUGCGGCACAACAAAAAGCCGAUGCUGAACGCAUACAGAAGGAGGCUGAAGCAGCGGCUGCAGCAGCAGAAGCGGCUGCCAAAGUAACAGCGGAGGCAAAUAUCAAUGCAACAGCGGAGAAAGAGGACGAUGAAAAGGGUGUUGGCAGCAGUGUGGUGGCAGCUGAAGGAGCCAAUGGUGGCGAUGUGUCUUCUACUAGUAAUACCAACAAUACUAUGACACCAGACAAUGGAGAACAUAGUAUUAAAAACAACAACAAUAACAACAACAACAACAACAACAGUGGAGUCGCCAACAAUGGCGAGCAUCAUAAUAAAAACGAAAAUGAAAUAGCUGUUCAAGCAGAGAAGAUGGUUGUUGAUGGUGACGACGUUUCAGCUGUGAAUAACGGUGACGAAAGUAGCACUGUAAAGUUUGACAAGGAUAAGUACCCGCUGGCUACCCCAUCAGAUGUAACUGCUUCAACUGUUGUUGUUGCCAACAAUACAACAGAUGCUCCGCCUGCCCCACAUAUGUUGCCAAUGCCAACAUUACCAAACGUGUUCGACAGUCUUAAGUAUGACGUAAGCCCUACUAAAAGCUACACCAGCGAAAACGCAAUCACACCAAUUAAACAACCGAAGUUGGAUGAGUCGGCUUUAAGCACGUCUUCUUAUCAGAAUGGUGUUAGCGGCGUGUCUUCUGGUUUACCAGAAAUUUGCACUCCAGCCGCUAUCGGAGCAUCGUCCGAUUUGAGUAGCCUGCUGCCGAAAAAGACUGGCAACGACGAUGUGCCAAACGAUGUGGGCUUGGAUGACGACAUUAGUGAUUUAGAAUCUGAAAUUACAAAUGUCGAGGAGGACGAGGAUAAUCGUCUGAGCGCAGACGAGUUGCAGAAAAAGCUAGAUAAGAUAUUACGUGCGUCCAUGAAUUGCAAGGAAUUACUGGAAAAGAGCACCAAUCAGUUGCGUGCCACUUGCUUCGGUCAAGAUCGCUUUUGGCGCCGCUAUUGGAAAUUGCCAAAGGCGGGCGGCAUUUUCAUUGAAGCACUGGAGUCUGCACAAAACGACAUAUUCCAUUAUCAGGAAAUUUUAGAGACAGAAAGUGAAGAAGCACGUGCUGUUAAAUUGGCGAAUGGUGAAAUUGAGGCUAAGAAAGAAGAAUGCAAAGAGGAGGAAGAUGAGGCUGAUGCAGAUGGUGCCGAAACAGAGAAUGCUGAUGAAGAUGGCGAAGCUGAUUUGAAUAAGUUAUGUAAGAAAGUUGAGGACGAAGGUAAACAUGUGGAAACAGUCGAAAAGAUGGAGGUUGACAGCGUAACAGAAGAAACGACAGCAAUCAAUUCUGCUGACAAUAAUACCAAUAGCAAUACUAAUGGCAAUUCCACCAACGUUAUGACAUCAACGGUGAUAGACGAUGACGACGAUGAUGUCGUGCUUACCAGUAAAGACGAACCGGAGAUUGUCGAUUUGCGCGAUGACGACGACGAUGAUGAUGACGUCGUACACACCGCCACCAUACCAGCGCCGAAUCGUAUGGACAACUAUGGCAUCCCUAAGAAACCGCAUGUAGACGCCGCCACCAUCUCCACCAAAACUGACUUCGAAGCAGAGAUUAAAAUACCCGCCAUACCAGCGCAAUUUAAUGCAGCGAUUGCGGCAGCUGCCGCCGCCGCUGCCGCAGCUGCAGCUGCAGCCAACACCAAUGUGAAUCUCACCAAUGCGGCAAAUGCUAUCGGCGAGAAAAUCUGUGAUAAAAAUGAGAUUACGAUGUUGACGCCAUCAGCAUCAGUGACACCAAUGCCAAUGCCGAUGACAAUGCCAACACCAACAUCAACACCCAUGCCAAUGCCUUUGCCGUUGCCAAUGCCGCUGUCGGCACCAACGUCUAUGCCAAUCAACAGCAGUAACAAUGCAGUAGUCAGCUGCAGUAACAUCAACAACAUGGGCAUCAGCGUGCCAACGACUCUUAGUGGUGCCCUUUCCACCCUCCCUAGUGGUGUGUCGGAUGAUGUUAGCAGCACGACAGCAGCCAUUAUCGACAGCGUUGUGAAAGCCGAAGACUUGAAGAAGGAAGAUGACUGUAUUAUAGUAUCGGCAACAAGCGGUGAUGAUGCACUCUUCAAACAACCGGUAAAUGUCUCAGAUAAGUGGUUUUCGAUACUCGAUCGCGAAUUGCCAUUGAUGUCGACUGAACCGAUGGACGAAGCCAGUCUAAAAGAAUAUAAGAUGGCAUACGCAAAUGUCUCAUGCGACUCUCUCUUCCAGACACAAGGCCAUCCGUGGGAGGUGCAGAAUGUCGUACCGUUUUUCAACGUCACCUUGGACGAAUGCAAAGUGGAUCCAUCAAAAGUCGUGCAGGAGUGCAUAUUAUCGCUAUCUGGCUUAGAUGAGAAACAAAUGGAAGCGAAGAUACGUGAAUAUGAAAAGAAAAUACAAUUGGCUGCAAUGGAUACAGCCGAAGAUACAGAUGCCGAAGCAGCGAUAGUCUCGCCAGCAGACCAAAAAAACUGUGGUGAGUCCCCUCGACAACGAUUGAAGAGUGAGGAAGCCGCGGACAGUGGUGAUGAGGAAGAGGACGAUGAGCAAAAGUUCGAAACCGAUUGUAAACCAUCCACAUCAGCAGCAGCUGUGGCCAAAUUGACAUCAUCGGUUCCGCUAAAAACCGAUGUUGUGAAAAGUGAGGCCAAUGAAGUAGAAGGCACAGAAGACAAGAAAUUUUUUUCAUAUUUGGAUCCAACGAAAACAGACAGUAGUGGCGAAUGUAAACCGAGCAAAGGUGCCAUCGAAGGUGCCUUAAGUGAAGCCAAAGAGAACGACUUCAACACGGUGAGGCUAGAAAUACGCAUGGAUGACAUUGCCGGCAUGUCUAUACAAAACUUGGCCAAUAUGUCUUUGCAAAAUCUCACCACAUUCCUGCAAUACGAUGUGCAAACGCCACUUUCAAUGACACCGGAAGAACAAAGGCAACUAGAAAGAGUGAAAAAGGAGGGUUUUCCCAAAAAGCUGGAGGGUAUCUAUGUACCACGCGAUUUGCGUUACGGUUGGUGGAAAUUAGAUACUUUCGAAAUGUUACAACGAGUUAUUGACUCACUAAAUCAUAGCGGCUUGCGAGAACGUGAUCUGCAGGAGAACUUAAUACGUUUCAUGCAACAGGAAGACACACCAACGAUUGGCAUUACGUACCCAUUGACAAGUAAACCCGGCGAAGAUGUCGCUUAUUUGCAGCCAGACAAACCGCAUGAUUGGAAUCCAAAGAUAGCCAAACGCACAGAGCUAGCGCUACUUGAUCAACUCGAAGCGCUGGAAGAUAAAAUCGCCAACGCCUCAAUGCAACUGAAGAAUUGGCAAUUACCACCGCGUAUUGAAAACGAGAUCAAUCUCGAAUUGGAAGAUGUGACCGAAGAAGAUUUCAUUAGUAUCAUACCAAUGAUACGCGAACGGAUCAUCGAUUUAGAGGCCAACAUCGAGCGCCGUUACCUUAAGCCACCGCUCGGCUCGCAGACCGGUGAUGCACAUUUAGCGGUAAUCGCACAAAAUCAACACACAACAACGCAGACUCAAAACUCCGCAGCCGCUGCGGCAUUCCUCAUACAAAUGCAACAGCAACAGGCAGCCGCUGCCCAACAGCAGCUCAUCAAUAUGCAAACGCAACAAACACAAAAUGUAAUCAACGCAUCAGCAUUCAAUGAGCGUGCUAUGGCUAUUGCAGCAGCCAAUGCUGCAGCGGCUGCAGCAGCUGUGGGCAGUGAUGGGGCUGGUGGACAUACAGCCAAUACAAGCGGCAAUAACUCAGGUGGCGACUCGCCUGCAAGUAAUUGUGACAGUGAAAAGGAUGAGAAGGUGGAGAAUAUACCCAAGGGAUUGGCAUCGUGGCGUGAUGCGGUCUCUCGUUCACACACCACAGCGCAACUGGCAAUGGCACUUUACGUGCUGGAAUCGUGCGUAGCCUGGGAUAAGAGCAUAAUGAAGGCGUAUUGCCAAUUCUGUACAUCCGGUGAGAAUGAGGAUAAAUUGCUGCUGUGCGACGGUUGUGACAAAGGCUAUCACACCUAUUGCUUCAAACCGAAAAUGGACAAUAUACCCGACGGUGAUUGGUAUUGCUAUGAGUGCGUUAAUAAAGCGACAAACGAACGCAAGUGCAUUGUCUGCGGCGGCUUGAGACCUUCGCCCGUGGGCAAAAUGAUCUAUUGCGAUUUGUGUCCGCGUGCUUACCACGCCGAUUGUUACAUACCGCCUUUGUUGAAGGUACCACGUGGCAAGUGGUACUGUCACAGUUGCAUCACGAAGGCGCCACCACCGAAGAAACGAACCAGCAGUAAGCCCAGACGUGACCGUGACUCAUCGAAACGACGUGAUCGCCAUAGCAAUUCAUCGACGUCAUCCAAUAUUGAUAUAUCGCAGCAGCAACAACAACAAUUUCAGCAGCCACAUCACCAACAACAGCAGCAGCAGCAGCAACAACAGCAACAGCAAGCGCAGCUGCAUCAGCAACAACUACAACAACAGGCUGCGGUUCUAGCGCAGGCGCAGGCCAUGGCAGCUGCCUCGGCGGAUCACCACCUGCACAAUUCAUCACAGCUAUCGCUGAAUUCGUCGCAUGACGAGUCGAUGACCUCGUUACCGACGCCGCUCAGUCCGGCGCAUUCGAUUGCCUCCACCUCAUUUGAUGAACAUCACAAUAACUCAAUUGAUGCGACACGUUUCCAGUAUCAACAACAACAACAGCAGCAGCAGCAGCAGCAGCAAACGGUGGUGGGCGGUAAUCCUGCUCUCCCAGCAGCUGUAGGUAUAGGUAUAGGGGCUGGUGUAAGUAUUGGCGCUCCAUCCACCAACUCGCAAGAUGUCAGUGCCGCAUGUGGCAGCACGCUCACCACGUUUAACAACAUACAUGGCCAACAUUUGACGAACAAUGACUACGUGGCAAUAGACGGCAACCUCGAUGGCGCUCCGGCAGCUUCAGUUGCUUCAGUUAUUCCACUAACCAGCGGUGUCCUGCCACUAGCGCCACCAAAUUUCAAUAGCGUUGUACCAAAUCCGACCAACACAAGCUAUGUGACGCCGCAAACGCAGCUGCCGCAAACUCAACAACUUGUUCCACUGAUUGCUGGUGGCAGUAUGACUCCAACUUUACCAAUAGUAAGUACGGUUGCAGGUGGCACAGCUACACUGCCACCCAACUACAUGCCCUUAACAGUCAGUCAACAGCAGCAUCUCGCACAACUACAAUUGAACAGUAACGGCGCCGUGCCACUACCGCCGCCACCAUACAAUGCGGCCACACAAUCCCCAUUGCCCCCGCCAACGCUAUUACCACCCACGAGCGCCGUCAACAUAUCGCCACAACCAGUCACAUCAUUACCACUCAUUUUGCCGCCAACUACCAUACCAACCCUGGGCCAACCACAGCAGCCGCAAUUGUCGCCUUUGCUGCAGCCACCGAUUUUGUCACCCCAGCAUAGUAGCAAUCACACACCAACGGCGACAAUGCAAUCGCCACGUGCCAGUACCCCCACACAGCACUCACCCCAAACUGUUGGACAUCAUUCGCAGUCGCAAUCGCCAGCUGCUCAUCAAUUUGGUGGCCUGUCACCGAUGACAUCAUCGCCCAUGAGCCAAUGUGGUACACCACAACCGCCACAGCCAUUGAACAUACAUGCGGUGCAGGAGGCGAAGGAGAAGUUGAAGCAAGAGAAGAAGGAGAAGCAUGCAACGAAGAAAUUGAUGAAGGAGUUGGCCAUUUGCAAAACAUUGCUGGGCGAAAUGGAGCUGCAUGAAGACUCGUGGCCGUUUUUGUUGCCAGUAAAUACCAAACAGUUCCCUACAUACCGUAAGAUCAUUAAAAAUCCCAUGGACUUAUCUACAAUCAAGAAACGCGUACACGACUUGACCUAUAAGAGUCGCGAAGACUUCUGCGUCGACGUGCGCCAAAUAUUCGACAAUUGUGAAAUGUUCAAUGAGGAUGAUUCGCCCGUCGGCAAGGCGGGUCAUGGAAUGCGCAAAUUUUUCGAAUUACGCUGGGCUGAGUUAACGGAUAAGCAUUCAUGAUAUCAAAUACAUCACCACCUCAAGUAUUCUAGUGAUUAAGAAAAUAUAAAAAACAGCAAAAAUUCGAAUGGAAAAAAGCAAAAAAAAAUUUUUUUUGAAGCGGUGCAUUGCAGAAAACAACGGAGAUUUGAAAAAAUAAUACGAAAAGUGAAAAAAUACUAUGUGAAAAAUUGCAAAAAAAAA